GGUCUGCUGUGGGACUGGCUUCCUUAGUUCUCCAUUUUGUAUGUUUUUCCUGGAGGUUAGCGCCUACUUUCCCAAUGGUUAGCUGCGAAUCUGUUUAGCUCAUCCAGUCCAACGCAGUUUUCAAGACAAUUUACAACAGCGUCGAACAAGAAGAUCGUGAGCUCAUCGGAGCUUGUCGUGUGAGGUCGUUUCCUCGAGCCAUGUAGCGAGGACAGGGCGCGCGAGGAGCCCCGUUAACAAACAUUGAGUCAGUGUUGCGUGUUGUGGACUGACACUUUCAACCAAAACAAUGUUGACAGACGACCUGUGGACACAUACCAGCAAUCAGUCACUUCAAGGGUAAAUAUCUGCUUCUAUUUACAUUUUACUCGAUAUUAAUUUCACCCAAGGUCAUAUACAGCGACGUUGUGCAUUAAACGUCAAAAAAGUCUAAUUUAACGUGCAGUGUUUGUUAGCAGGCUAACAUUGUUGUGACGACAGUCGUCUGAAAUGUAGGCACGUAGCAUUAACUGCUACCUAGCAUUAGCAUGCCAACAGUUAGCAACAAGCUAAGGUUAGCCUACAUAAAACUGAAUACUUCCGCGUCCACGAUAGAAAGUCGAAUCUGUGCUGUCCGUGUUUAUUUUCUCUUCUGUGCAUGUAUGAAUUGAUAAGUUUGUCUUAUAAGGUGCGAAAAUUUGCAAACGGCAAUAACUGCCACCGUUAGCUCUGUAGCGUCGUUAGCUAUCAAGGGCGCGCAGGGGAGCACGCUUGGCAACUUUCUAUACUCUUUUACUAACCUCAUGUUUGUUAAUUUGGUCUCUACAUUUGCUCCUAAUGUAAACUAAAUAAAUUAUAGUAAAUUAUGACGUGGCCUGCUAAUUCGUUUUAUACCGUGUGUCUACGCACUCUACCAUGUGUUGUCUGUUAACAUUCUCUGUCGUCUGUUUCCCCCCUUUAAAAUAAAAAAAGAUGGAUAAAGGAGGAGUGAAGAAGAUCAUAUACAGAAGAGAUGACCAUUUAAGCAAACUGGUCUACACUGAAAGUCCUGAGGAGGGAGGUUUGUUAAAAGUGGCUCCUCACAGUGCCAUGUCCAUCACCUCUGCCACAUCUGUCGUUCUUCCAUCCAGCCCGUUGAUGCAGCCAGGACAGGUACCUAACGGUCUCAGCAACAGCCCCCUUCCAGUGGAGCUCACCUCUGUCACUGCCACCGUUAGCACCUUGUUAGAGGAUCCAGAAUCCAAGGGCCUGACCAAAGAUCUGAAGCCUCAUCAGCAGCUGCAGAUACCGACUUCUACUUUAUUAGGGCGUCAAACCCUGAGGGAAAAUUUGCCCCAUUUGGAGGCCAGUAUAACAGACAUUACACCAUCCUCCAUGGAUUCACUUAUCGGAGGAUCAGACCCCAACUUCUUCCACAUGAAAACAGAGGAUUUCUCCAUGGAUAAAGGAGACCAGGACCCCAUUGACUUCGAUCAUGCCUUUGAGCACAUUGGGAAAGAUGUGGACGUGAACCAGAAACUGUUCAGUGACAACACUCUGGAUCUGCUCCAAGACUUUGAGUUGACCGGCUCUCCUUCAGAUUUUUAUGUAGGGGAUGACGCUUUCUUAUCCUCACUGGCAGAUGAUUCUCUGCUUGGGGAUGUAAGCUCAGAGAGGGACAUGAAGUCUGCUACUGUUGAGAGUGUUAACAGCAGCGGGGCAGCCUCUGUUGCUCUCAACGGCAGCAAUAUGACAAGUCCAGAUCAGCCCAGCAUAUCCACAACCACCUCUCCAAACCCUGCAACCAAUUUGUCGGCUUUAGUGAAGAAGGAGAAAGAAGCUGGCUUCAUACAGCUCUGCACCCCAGGUGUGAUCAAACAGGAAAAGACGGCUAAAAGCCAGAGUUAUUGCCAGAUGAGUGGUGCGACCCCCAUAGAGAUACCCAGCUCUAACCCCAUCUCCAUCUGUGGGGUCAGCACUUCAGGAGGACAGAGCUUCCACUUCGGGGUCAACACUGGCAGCAGUGAAACUCAGCAGCAGAAGAGUCAGAAGUCAGUGUCUAACCUGUUUCUCCCAGUGACAACCAUCAGUGCACCCUGGAACAGAGGCCUGCCUGCAGGAGACAACAGGGGCACCAAUGCUUUCUCAACCUCUCCCUCCAUCACCGUCGGCUUUCUCAAGUAAGACAAGUAUUCAGUACUCAGCUAUCUGGCCUGACCUGACAUUUCAUUGUAGUAUUCAUAACUUAAGCUUCUGUGUUUGUGUUGAUCCCAGUUAUGUCUUUCCCCAUCUUCUGAUGCAUCACCACACAGCAGAUUUUCUCUGCUUCAAGUUCAGGGGCGUUCAUCCUUAUCUUUGAGGCAGCACUAGAAAAUCCCUAAAUAUGCAAGGUCAUAGCCACAAAUUUUCCGACCAUUGGCAGCAACAAUGAUGAAUCCUUUAAUAAGUCAGCAAAUUUAGAAGUAGCUCAUUUAAGUGGCUAUAAGACUGAAUUGUUAAUCAAGAAAUACAUUUGCUAAUUUAGGCUUCUUAAAAGUUUUGUCUUUACUACAUUCAUGAAGCAAAUCCAGUUAAAUCGACUUAAACUAUUCAGCUGAUUUACAUCUGAAGAAGAGAGCAGUCAUCUUGAAUUAUCUGAGAGAUAUUUUUUAGUGAUGCUAUCAUUUCUUCUAUUGUUGGAGUGUGUCUGACUAGGGGAGUGUCUUUGUGGGACUGAGCUUUUGUGACAUCUGCAGCGUGAGCACAGAACUGAUGGUUAACAUGUAGAGUUUUGUGGCCACAGGUGCUCACUGACAGGGAAAAUGUCAUUAAUUAAAACUGCUGUCGUCGUGAUUUUAGUUCACUCUGCUUCAUAUAUUAAUUCUGUUUGUUACCAUUUGCUAGGAAAUUGUUUCGUAGGUUCAGGGUUCAGAAAUAGAGACAAAGAGCAACAUAUUUUCAAAGCCUCGGUCAGCCCACAGUUCUAAGGCUACCUGGGCCUCACUCGCCCCUUAAGCAGCAGCAGUUGUCAUUUUUAGACCUGACCUUGAAAAGAUUAUCAUCAUAUGCUCAAAGUAUCUGUUCGUUUUCAGCCCUGGCUUGUGGUAUUUAAAACUCCAUUCAGGCUUUGUUAUCAGGAUUCAUAAAAUAAACAGUGUCAGAUUUUGAGUAGAAUAGAUAAAACAAUAAAAGUGCCUCAAUAAAGAAGCUUGAUCAAAUAGCUAUAUGCAUAACCAAAAGAGUGUAGUUUAAUACUAAAAAUUAAGCAGAAUUGAUAUGCAGCACUUAAAACAAUAUUAUUAUUAUUAUAGCGAUUGAAGCCCCCUACUUCAUAAAGUGAUUGAAACACUUGUUAUUUAUAGUCCUCCUCUGUUCAUUCUCAUAUGGCCACAUAACCACACUAAAGCCCUCUUUAAAAACUACAUAUCUGUCACAGUAUAAACAAAGUGAUUCUACUGGUUGUGAAUGCAUCUUUCUUCAGUGUCUUUACUUUUAGGCACCAGUUCAGAAAUGAGAACUGGUCUGACAGAUGAAGAGGUGGACAUGUUAUAUGUUUCGAUAAGCCAAAAUGAAAACUACUCUUUGCAAGUUUGGUUUGCGGUGUUGAGUUUCCAUGGCAAUGGAGCUUGAUUUGAAACUGAGCCUUCACGCUGAGACAAAAAUGGAUGGUUUAACCCCUGGGUCGGUUUGUUAACCCUGCAAUCCUGCUUUGUUGGCAGGAUUGUGGACUGUGCAGGACAGGACUGGAGCAAUAAUAAGUCAAGGACUUGGUCUGAAGAAAGGAUGUUUUGUUAUCUGGCUAGGGGAAUUCCGCUUUUAUCCAAGGCAGACAUUAAGGUUUUUUACCCUCUGAGCAAGCACGCAUACUGAAAUUCUUGUAUUGUUUUUUUUUUUUCUGUUGUUUUAGAUUAAUAGACUGUUGGUUGCUUGUCCACUCGGGCUGUUGAUGUGACCAUAAUCUCCCAAUAAAUCUUAGGGUCCACAUUUUUCAGUUGAAGAAGGUCUGUACCUUAAAGGGGCAGCAAAGAUGAUUAGAAGUGACUGAAUUGUAACCUUUACAUAAAAGUCUGCACAUUAAGUUUAAGAGAAAGAAAAUCAUGUGAUACUUGUCUCAGUGACCUCCUCAUAUUAUUUUGCUACUUUCCAGUUCAGAUGAUAGAGUAUCAAUAAGAGUAUUUUAACUGUAAACAGGCCCGUUGAGUAUCUGUUAUAAUGUUCUUGCUUUGCUGCCCUGAAGAGUUUUAUGGCUUCAGCUGUGGACGUGGUCUGUGAUCCAGUCAUGAAAUGGCUCAAUGGAAAUUCGUCACAACAGUGGUGCGACAGGGUCACAUGUGACAGAGGCUUUUUGUUUGUGUCUCUUGUACAUUCUCACUUAUCUGAUUAAUAGUGUGUAAUGAGGGAGUGAUCAGCUCAAAGAUUGGCACGCAGAGGUUUAUGACUCCAAUAAGGGCACCGAUGUGUGUUUUAUUCUUUGUGCAUAUGAGGCUCGGCAGGUACCAUUCUGAUGACUGUCCAAGAGUCAUAUGAAUGCUUGCUGACCAGGAACAGAUGGAGAGAGACAUGAGAUACACCUCGCAUUCAUUUCACAUGUGGCUUUAAUUGCCUUGUCUUUGUGUUCCACUGAGGUGUGUUUGAGCACAUGACUUGUAUUUGUGUCAGUGGUUUGUGCCCAGUUGAUUUUGUGUGGGUGUUUUGCUGUUUGGUGAUUGGCUUGUCGGUGUCUAAACUUAGCAAUUCUCUGCGUGUGUCUCCUUAGUGAGUGGGAGUAUGCCUUUGUUUGGAGGCUGUGCGCCUCAACCUGUGUGACAUUUAGCAGCUCACCUAAUGCUGGGCUGCACUGGCGUGCUGGUUGUCAGGCGGGUUUGCAUCAGGUCACCAUCACGUUCCGCCUCUCACGCAGCACUGCUGCUGCUGCUCCCUGCUGAGGCUCAGAGGGCCUCACAUGGCUCAAGUACUGACCUACAGUUGCCUCACAGUUUGCUGCUUUGCACUUGAUCUUCUUGUGUUCAUCAAGGUGUGACUGCUAACAUAACAAGUUGUCCAAAUCAGGGGCGCUUUAUCUUUCCAGUCACAGUUCUACAAUCAGACUCUUUACUGCAGUCUGACUCACAAACCUUUUACACAAUGAAGAGUGCAGUGUUCAUCCUUUUGACAGCUGCUUUGAUUCAUCAUUUCUUUAUUAAUAGUGGAAUGCACCAAAAGAAAAUGCAAAUAUCAAGUGAAGGAAAAAAGCAGAAACAUUAUUCCUGUGGUAGAAAAUCACACGACUCAUUCUGUAACGCAGCUGAUUUUUUUAGCAUGAUAUUCCCUCCUCUACUUGUGAUUGGCUGAGCCCACAGAGAUCACUUCAUAUUGCAGGUCACAUGUAAUGACUUAGCCAUACAUCCUGCUGCUGAGUUAAGCCUAUACUCCAUUGUGUUUCUCAGUGCUCUUUGAGUGUCAGAUCUAUAAAAAUGUUUUUUAUAACACACACAGCAGGUUACUUGAAUGUCCAAGGGGCUUUUAGCUCAGUUAGGUGUAAUGAAGGACUGUUGUUUGCAGGAAUAAGCCAGCAUCCUCACUGAAUAGAGCUGUUCUCACCUCUCACACUCAGACAAAGCGAUAUUCUGUUGCUCCAGCAUCUUGUGUUUCCUUUAUGUGUAUGUUUGUGAGUGAUUUACGAUUCGGGUUUUCACGCAAAUGGAUGAUGAUUCAUUCAGACUUUGAAGCUUUUACAUUUUGAUGAGAUUUAUUCAGGACUUGAAUGGAGUUUACCCUUUUAUUCACCAGAAGUAGCCUUUCAUUCUCUGUCUUGUCAAGGAAGAUGUUGAUAAAUAAAUACAAGCCAUCAACAUCGACUGGUGAAUUUAUUGACAAAAUGAGACGCCGGCUGCUUUUAUAAACAAUGCAUUGAUAUCAAAAUUUGAACAAAACUACAGAGCAUUAACCAGUUUCAGCACCCUAUUAGAAAUAGACCAAUUUAUAAGCUGUCCAAUUUCUGUGCCAAAUAUUUUCCAUCCACAUUUCUCUUUUAAGAAAUCAUCAAGUUUUCUUCUCAUUUGUUUGUAUAAAUUAACUGUAGUGUUAUUUCAAGCAAAACAACACAUUGAUAGCAUUAUAUAGUGGGGCUGGACGAUUACGGCAAAAAUAAUAAUCACAAGUGUUUUGAUUGGUAUUAAAAUCACGAUUGAUAAAGACUAUUAUUCAUUCAAAAUUUGAGUAUUUAUUGAACCACCCGUUAAUCGGCUGUGCGAUCGCUGACUAUAACUUGUUAAUGCUAAUACUCGCCGCACGCAUGCUAUGCGGUGCAGCGCCGAUAUCUGUGCACAUAUACUGAUACGUACGAGUCCAGGUUAGAGCCACGUAAACAAAAUUAAAAAACGUUUAUUUAGCCGUGGUGGUGUGCCACGAUCAAUUGCACAUAGGGGAACCCCUGAAUUUGGAUGUGUUGCCUUGGGGAGCAGACACAACAGCGUGACAACAUUUGCACACAAUUUCCUUUUCCUGGACGUCUGUCAAAUUGAAGCCAAAAUGGCUCUGAAGUUGCCCUACUUUUCUCCUUAACCAAAAGCAGCCUUUCUGCCAUGUUUUUAAUCGCUCGCUCCUCAUAUUAUUGAUCCACACAUGUCACCGUGCUGCAGCUGCACGUAACAGAGGUGAAUUCAAGGGGUUUUCCCAGCACAGGAAUUUACAUACACUGUUUACACUGUUACACACAUACACACAUUAAUCGUCUUUCUUCCAUCAUAAUGUUUUUAUGAUCAUAAAAAGGCAAAAUCGAAAUUAUGAUUAAAAUUCGCUUAAUCGUCCAGCCCUACCAUAUAGCUAGCCUGGCUGGGCCAUCCAGUUGCGUGAAUCACUUGCCGUUCUUUCCCACAACAGUCUGGACUUCGGCCAAUUGGGAGCGUGUAUUAGAAAUCAGAAAAUAACCGGGCCAAUCAGUGACUGUGUUUCCACUGUUCCUCUGACAACAGUGAAAGGUAGCCCCUGAUUGGUCCUUGUGUAGAUGGUGCCGUCUAACACAUGCUGCGGGACUUUUUAAAGCGCCGUUCAUUCAGAACGCCGUUAAUCCUGGGGUUGACUUUGCAAAGUCGGCAGAAAUCAUUUAUGUCCGCAGAAAAAGACGUAAAAGACAUUGUUGAAAUAUUACCAAACUUUUACUUGAUGCUUGAGAGCCCAGCAGGGAACACAGUUGCGCACUGUGAUGACGUCAGAUGUUUGGUUACGGUGAUUGGUUACAGUAGUCUGUCUAUCAAGGAAAGUACUCCCGCCCACUUUUAGGGCUCCCAAUUGGCCGAAGUCCAGACUGUUGUGGGAAGGAAGUGAUUCACGCAACUGGAUGGCCCAGCUAGGCUACCAUAUGGCAUUAUUAGUAUUGGCUCUGACUGUUUAAAAAAACUGAUACCAUUCGACCACUACUUCCUACACAUGAUGAUUUAGCUUUUGCCUUGAGAUAACCUUAGUAAUAUCUAUUUGUCUUAAAACUGUUGGUGAGCAACUCCAAAGAAAUGUUGUGCAUUUGUUUCACUUGUAUCUUUGAUCUGGAAAAACGUCUGUUCGCUGCAGCCCUUAUUUGAGCCAACUUACUGAUAGGAGAUACAAAACCUGAUCUGCAGUAACUCUGGCCAGCCAGCCAGCCCAGAACCUGCUGUGCAGUCAGACCUGAGCUGAAUGAUGUAGUGCCCAGGCAAGUUUAGCCACACAGUGUUUCCAUUACUUUAGUAAAACUCCAGAAUAUUGAGUCGACUCUGGGAAAUAACAGCGAGUCACUGCUGGUGAAAUCCAUGAAACUAUCUACUAGACAUAUCAAAUCAAAUCAAACCUUAUUUAUGAAGUGCUUUUCAUACAAAACGAUGUAACACAAAGUGCUUUAGAGUCAUUUUAAAAACCAAAAACAAUGUUUGGGAAUUGUUUGUCUGUUGGAUUUCCUAGAUUUAACACCACUCUUAAAGAACUUUAAAAUUAUGACCGUUUUGCUAAACAUCUGUGACACUAAUCUUUGUUCUGCAUCCUGUUGUUGGUAUGUAGGCAUGAAUACUUCUUUCCCACGUGGCGAUUGUGAUGGCUGAAUGGCUUUCUGAACUUUGAAACUACUUGUUGAAUGUGUUUCUUGAAGUUUCUUCGUGACAGUAAAAGCCUGGUCAAAUCGAUGUAUGAUAACCGGUUACCACACCUUGCGGUGUAUUAAGUAAUAUAAGUGUUGACUGAAGGGAUUCAACAAUUAAGACCAGUGAUGAAGCCGGUGCUGAUCAAGCCAGCAUGGUGUUUCUCACAGCUGUCAGAAGUCUCCGCUGUGGUUUGGUGCUUUAUUUGACUCGAGUCGUUUGUAUUUAUCUUUAUAUACAGCUGUGUUUAUUUAUAUAAGGUUUAUAUUUAGUGUAUGAACAGGAACAGCUCUCAGUUUGACUUGGGACAUAUCCCUGGUCAGUGUUUUUGUUCACUUCACAGUCUUGUAUUGACACACCCAUCACCUCUUUGCCCAACUUGCCCAUCCCCUCUCUCUCUCUCUCUCUCUCUCUCUCUCUCUCUCUCUGUCUCUGUCUCUCUCUCUGUCUCUCUCUCCUCUCUCUCUCUUCCCUGUCCUGUUUUUGCUUCCUGAAACUGAGGGCACGGACAUUGACUGUCAGCAAAAGCUUUCAGCUGUUGUAAAUCACAAUUUUAUGAUAUUCCUACUCCGUGCAUAUGGUAUAUAUGUGUGUUUGCUUUGUCCAUUAUGCGUUAGUGUGUAAGUGUACACGUGUGUGUGUGUGUGAGAGAGUGUGUGGGUGUGUUAUAAGUGCUGGGGCAGCCAGGACCACAGAACGCUGCUGCCGAGCUCACACUCUCCUGACCUACUUUCCCUCCCGCCUCUCCACAGCUGGCGCCGAGUUAACACACCAGAUCAGAUGCCAGCCAUUCCAGUCGCUUUCACUUUAUUACCGCAUUCUCCUGUAGCCGCAGUUUUGCCCUUUCUUUAUUUAGAUAUUUUCUGUGUUUUGGCACAAAAUGGGCCAUUAAAAAUUCCCUAUACUCCCUUUUGAGGUUAAGAGGAUGUAGCUUAGUCUGUACAGUGUUUUUGCCCCUCCUUUUGACUUUUGUGUACAGUUGUUGAGUCAGCAAAGCCCCAACUUUGGGAGUGGGCUCUUCCCUCAUCUACUGUAUCCAGCUAAAGGAAUUAUGGUAAUGCACACUGUAGCAGCAGAAAGCCUUCAAUUUAUGUCACAGGCAGGAGGCCACCUCCCACCUCCACACAAGUCAUUAACGGCUCUUAAAAAAAAGCUAAUAUGGAAAGUCAAACCUCUGGGUGCUGUUUGCUAUUUUUGCCUAGCCAGGGUUCGGUUUAUUCUCCUCAUGUGAUGUUUGGAGUCAAGCCCUGGACUACAAAAUGUAGAUUUUAUUGAAGGUGAUUUAUUAGUGCAGCAAGAGGGUGGGUACAGCUUCUCCUUGAUAUCAGGGGCACAGAGGAAUCAUCAUGUGUAACAGUUAGGGUUGUCAAAACUCUCACUACAUGAUUUUACUGUAUCUACAUUAUGCCAUGUUUAUUUAGCAGCAUGGCAUUUGUUUAGUCUGGCUGGUGUUGCUCUAAUGUCACCUACUAACAGACAUACCACUGUGUGUUUGAAGUAGAGGUAAGGGAGGGGAGGCAGAUAUUCUGGAAGAGUCCAUCCCAGUUCUUAGCCAAACAAACCCGGUCUCUUCUCUCUGUUGUUGUUCUGCGUGAAAGAAUGAUUCAGUGCGUGCAGACCAGUUCCCUUUUCUAUUUUGGUGGCUCUUAACCUCAGGGAAGGAGCACUUCCUUCUGCUCCUCUUUUGCUGUCUUCUUCACGCCCACAUGAGUUUUGAUGAAGAUGGGGGGCUGUUCUGAAUCAUUAUUAAUCAUAGUCCAUGGUUUUAAGUCUAAAAGUCUUUGUGAAGAAGAUCUUUUCUGUGUUUUAAUAACUUUCAUUUAGGAUCUUGACCUUAAAAACAGCCAAUUAAACAAUGUAACUGUGCCUAUUUUUAUCUGUGACGAUGACUCAUGUCCUGUGGCUGGUCCCGAAGUAGGUGAAGUAGCUGACUAAUGCGUAUUAUAAAUGCACAGAAUAAUUUGUUGCCCCAACAACAAUUAGAAAAGGUUUGACUUGUGUUGAUCUAACUCUUAGGCCUGCUUGUCUGGACUAACAGAGAACCUACAGAGCUGGGGCCUGCAAAGCCACUCGUGACACUCUCAGCUAAAAGGGGAUUAUGAAUUGUUAAGCAGGGCACUGGGCCACUGGCAUUACCGUAAGUGUGUGAAGUGGCUUGCCUCAUUAAAACCCAAGCUGAUUGAUCAUACUCCCACAGACGUAAGCAGUUCACUUCCUCAGUGUUGCUGUUGUUGAAGUCGAGGCCCACCUCAGGGUGCCUCUGCCUCUGCUGCCUUUGCGCUGUGGCUGUGGUUGUGCUCUGACCGAUAAUAAACUCUGAGGGAAUGUGAGUACUUCCUGUCGAUGGCGAUGCUUCAUUUCAACAGAUGGUUUCAGAAAGAGGAAAUUCGGUCUCUCUUCAUUGCUCUGCAGCUUUGAUUGUCUCGUGUCUGACAGCCCGCAAAAGCAGAAUGGUUGACGCUUGUCUCAUGGUUUAGCUGAAUGUCAUCGACCUCUUUUUUUUUUUCUUCUUUAGAGUUUGUUAAAAAGAAAAGACAGUGAAUCUAAUAACAUAGCUCAAGGCUGAGUGUUAUUUUCUUUGAAACAGAUAGUGGCCACGGUAAUUGGAUUUGACCCAAUAGCCUAAAGUCCUCCGGUAAAGCUGUCCUGUUGACACCAUCCCAGUGGGCCAAUGAAGCGCAAACUGGUUUCCCUGCCACACCCCCUGACAUCAUCAUCUUUUUGACCUCAUUAUCCUCCUCCAACUACCCAGUUGACCACCACGCCCUCUUGCUGGGGCUUGGAGGCCUUUUGUGGGCCUUCUGUAUAUAUAUCUGUGUGCUCCCUUAGCCCUUUGUAAAGAAAAUCCCACAUAAAUCUGCAUGAGUGACAGAUGGCGGCCAGUUACAUCAUCACAGCAGCAGCAGAGCUUUUAUAUGAGUAUUAGCUGCCAUGUGUUCCUUCACCCAGGCUCCAGUUAUUUGUGUUUAUUCAGGGAUUGUUGAGUGUAAGGGUGAAUAUUUAGAGAGGCUCAUUGUGACAUAAUUCAAAUAGAAAUAUAAAAUUGACCCGCUUGUGCUCAGAAUUUCUUCCAAGAAAAUGAAUGUAAGCUGUAAAGGAUUUGAGCAUAGUAUGAGAAAAUUUACACAGCUGCAUGGCUGCAAAGAUCCAUUAUUUUAAGGCGAUCCUCCCUGUAAAAGGACUUUGAGCUGCAUUAAGUUCUAUUUUAGUAAGCUCAGGGCAAUGGGUCAAGUUGUAAACACAAAAUUACAUUAUUUUCACUUUCACUUUGAGAGCUUUUGAAGCCAGUUUUUAGUAACAUUUAUUCUGGCAGUGUAAGACCUGCCUGUGUUGACUCUGCAGUUUUUCCUCCAGAUUCUGUUCAAAGUCUACAUUCAUGCAUUGCAAAUAUUCAUAAGUAAAGUUCCAGACGUGCCCAUUCUCUGCCCCACCUCUAACCUAAUGCCUCCUGCAUUGAAUCUGCCAAAGGAAAAGUGUGGAUAUGUAUUGGUUGAUGUUUUAUACUGAUUCUUGUAUUUUAGCUUCUUUCUUUCACCUACGGCCUGUACCUAUAAAGACAUUUUCUGAGUUGGCUCUGACUGGGCAGUUUUACCAAAUAGAACUAUUUUCUCCACCUGAAUUAUAUAUAUUACUGAUGUCCUCUGCCCUUUUCCCCAAACAGUCAAUCCAGUACAAAGAAGUCUCAGUGUGAAAACUUCUGUACUCUGCUAAGUUAGUCCAACAUGAAGAGUGCAUCCUGGGAAAGUUAGAAGUCUACCAACAACACAGCUAAAUCAAGUGCAGUAAUUUGAAUAUCAGAAUAAGCUCCAGCUCAGUAUGCUCUGGAUCAUGCACACGCUCCAGGUUCUUUUCACACUCCAUGUGAGUCCCUGUGAUUUGGAUUCUUGCAGCUCCUCAAAUGCAUAAUUUGCAGCUGCUGAACAUUUGAUAAUAUAUAUGAUAUCUUCUCCCCCACCUAACCCAUAAAUAUAUCAGUCAAAUGGCUUUAUGCUGAGAGACACUGAUAGACAGGUGCAGCUCAAAAAUAUGUUACAUAUGUUAUGUUACAAAUCUGUUAUAAGGUCCACUUUGAGGUAUUUUUUCAUUGGAUGCAGACUUAAGUAAUUCUAGCCUUUAACCAUCAUCAGAAAUCCAAGAUCUCAAAUUAUGAGAAUAUUUAAAUUACAUUCACUUAAAAAUGUCAUUUGAAAUAUAGAAAGUAUCUUCAUCUGCCGAUCAGCCUUCAGCUCUGCGUAGGUGUUAUUUAAGCUCAUAUGACUGACUGGGGCUUCUAGUCUGUCUCUGGUCUGGUCUGGCCAAUCAAGCAGAGCAGUAUUGUAGUUGGUAAACCAUUUGAAGUUGUGGCCUUGUGAGCAGGUGCUAAGACCUGCUGAGUUGGGGAUCUUCAGGGAUCACUAAGUUCAGACAUGGACUCUUUAUUAGAAAAAGUGUUUUCAGUUUAACAGUUGAGCAUAUUCACACCUCAAACUUUGUCUAUUUGAACCUGCUAGAUUUCACAUAUGCCCAAAGUUUCACCCCUGGUGGAUUACAGAUGGAUUGGGGGGGAAGCUUUAUCAAUGAACACUCCACUUUGUGCUCUCUUUCCUCUGUUGACUCAAAAAAGGAGCAUGGUUAGGUGCUCUGAGGUGUAAAUUACAGCUGUAAGCAUAGAUGAGUACAAAGAAACUCAAGGGAAAGAAGCCCAUAGACUAUCAGCACAUGUUUGUGUAAAAUAGGCAGACUUAUUGUCCACAAUAUGUUGUCUCUGGUGUCCUGUCAUGACGAGACAUCCUCUCCCUGAUCAUUUUCAUAUUUUUUUACCCAACUGCCUCAGAACUUGAUGCUUUGAUGUUUCACUCUGAUUUUUCCCAUCCUGCCACAUCCACUGACUGCUGGGGCCUGGCCUGCUUUCAUGCUAAUACCCUUGUGUUAUGUAACCAAGAGUGAACUUGGCUCCCUGGCUCAAAUCUGCAUACGUGCAUGUAUGCACCAUGCAGUGACAGCUGAGCGCAGCCCUUAUCAAACACAACUGUUUGUUUUUGUUGGGGUGGCAGACUUGGGCAGACUUGGGCAGACUGACACAGUUGUUGCUGGUUUCAGCCACGCUGUCCUUUCAGUGUGGGUGUUGUUGUUGUUGCUGUUUCCACUGGGUAAGAAAGGGGGUGUGGACUUCUGGCGCAUGGAUGCUGCAAAGCCUGACGUCCUCUAGUGGUAGCUUUAUAAAAGUGCAGUUCUUACCUCGGUUUUUCUCAGGGUCUGGAAACAUUUGUGGUUCAAUCAAAGGAGAAAGACGGCUGUUUCAUGACAACCACUAAAUUUAGGAUGUGACCACAGAUCUUCAGAUCAUUUUUGCCUUUUAAGGCCCAAAAAAAGGCACAAUGGCCUUACUUAUCUUUUUCAUGAUGUCAGGAAUGAAGGCAGUCUUGAGAAAAAAGAAGCACAAGGGACACAUUGACUCUGACAGGAGUAGCAGUAUGUAUGUGUGGUGUAUGUGUGUAGUUUGUUUAUUUUAAGUUUGAGUGCUGUGCUGUAAAUCUGAACUACACCUGAACCCUCAAAACUCAGAGGAUACUUUCAGCAGUCGGCACAGGCAGUCCACAUGUUAUACAGUAGACACAGUGUUUCUCAUGUGUGUGGACUGAAACCCUUAUGAAGCGAUGUUAUCACUUACAGUCCUUUCAUGUAACGCUUAUUCUUCAGAAAUGAGUAGUCAGUAUUUGUAAGUGAUGUUUUGCUGUGUCAGUAACAUGUAAGUAUGUUUUCAUGCUUAAAGUGUCCUCUGCCCCACCCCGAUGCAUUGGAAAACUAAAUAUUUACAGUUAGCUGUAGUCAAUAAACAUUUUCUGUUUAACUUUAAGGUCUAGAAAAUGCAAGGAAGCAUAUCCAUCCUCAUAAAACUCUCAGAAAAAUAACCGUUUUCUUUAAAACCUGCAAUAUUUACUUCCAUGUUUACUAGCUAGAUGUUUUCCUGCCUCUACUGGCUGAAUAUGUGGUUCGCCAUCAUCAGUAAAUCAGCGGAAGAGUGCAGCAUUAUAGACAGAAAUGCCAAGAAUGACAAAGUAGUAACCCACUCUUUGAGAAACAGCUCCACAGUUGCACGAGGGGAACAAAAACUCCUCAGGGAACCUUUUCAGAGAGACUGACUAUCCCUGACAUUUCUCUCUUCUGUUCCUCUUCCAGACAGGAAUCCGGCACAGCUGCACCCACUGCACAGGGAAAGAGCGGGACUCAUAAAAUCUGCCUGGUGUGCUCCGACGAGGCUUCAGGCUGUCACUACGGCGUGCUCACCUGUGGCAGCUGCAAGGUCUUCUUCAAGCGAGCAGUGGAAGGUACCAUGACAUAAGUGUUUCUUCUCUUAUUGUGAUAAGCUUGUUGAUUCUGAAGCUGUGUCACAUGAGUUCACUCAAACAUGGAGUCAUUAUGAUCUUAACUUUGAGGCAGGAUCGUAUGUGUGGUGCAUCUAAUUAGUUUUUUUUUCUUCUCCCUGGAGUGUUAGUUGCUGCAGUGAAGGUAAAUAACAGAUUAAUCUUCCUCUUCUGUGUGACACAGGGCAGCAUAAUUACCUGUGUGCUGGGAGGAAUGACUGCAUAAUAGACAAAAUCAGGAGGAAGAACUGCCCAGCCUGCCGUUUCCGCAAGUGUCUGAUGGCAGGAAUGAACCUGGAAGGUGAAUAUUAACUGCUCAAAUAUCGCCAAACUCUUCAUCCUUGAGUUGGUUUGAUUCCUGUAGCAUCUCAUUUACCUUUAUUCAUUUUCUUUAACUCUUUCCUUUAUCUGUAUUCCGUGUUUCUCUCCUUCUAGCACGCAAAACCAAGAAGUUGAACCGCUUAAAGGGCGCCCAGCAGAGUAACCCACCCGAGCUUAUUCCUUCUCCACCCAUCGAGGCUCAUUCACUCUUACCUAAGCGCAUGCCUCAGCUUGUUCCCACCAUGCUGUCUCUGCUGAAGGCCAUCGAGCCGGACACCAUCUUCGCCGGCUACGACAGCACCCUCCCUGACACCUCCACCCGCCUGAUGACCACCCUCAACAGGCUCGGUGGCCGACAGGUCAUCUCCGCUGUCAAGUGGGCUAAGGCUCUGCCAGGUUUGUGGUGUUCUCUGUCAGUAAGAGUAGGUGCAGCAGGUGUAGACUAGGUUUGGUGAACUAUACAAAGUUUUUGUCGGUGUGAUACAUCAACAAAACAGUUAAAAUAAUGUAGAAAGGCUAUAUAUAUAUUUUCUGUGCUGUUAUUUAUUGAAAAUGACACUCAAUUCCAUUUUAACUGAGCUUUUUGUUUUUAUUUGUCUUUAUUUCCACAUUUUUUUUGACUAUUUGUCAAAGCACUUUGUAAACUUCUGUUUUUAAAAAGUGCUGUAAAAAUAAAGUUAUUAUUAUAUUAUGUUAUUAAUUUUGUUUGGUAUUGCACAACCAAAAUUCAGCCAGUGUGCAUCAUCAGGUUUUGUAUUAAAUCAAGAAACUGCAGGCAUGAAUAUUUUGAGUACUGAGAUGUCAUACAUUGCAGCAGAAAUAGGGGAUUUUUUUAAGCUAACAAAGCAGCAAAGCAUCCAGCUUCCUCUAAGGAUGAAAUGAUAUUAUGUAGACGACGAGUAGACACAUUUGAUAAAUAGAUCAAAUAAGACCUCUUUGAUUUGGUUACUUAUUGUCCCUUUCCUCACCACACCCUCUCACACGUUGUGUCUGCAUAUGCUUCUCCUCAGGUUUCAGGAAUCUGCACCUGGACGACCAGAUGACUCUGCUGCAGUGCUCCUGGCUCUUCCUCAUGUCUUUUGGUCUUGGCUGGAGGUCUUACCAGCAAUGCAAUGGCAACAUGCUCUGCUUUGCACCAGACCUAGUCAUCAAUGAGUAAGUGUUAGGGAUGUUCAGAUCUGCCUUUUCUUGCUCCUGUCCUGCUUCAGAUUUCAUACUGGAUACUUGAAUUUGCCUUGGUAAUAGAGCUGCACCCAAUUGUUCAGGGAUUGUUUUUCUUAAUUGUUUCUAAAAUUCAAUUAGAAUGUUUUCAUCUUUUUCUAAUUGAAUGUAGUCUACCAUUGGUGCACAGCUCUUAUAUGAUCUUUUUUUACAUUCUGUGUGAGAGCCACAAAACUGGUGUGCACGCUGCAUUGAUGCUACACACAACUUGAGGGUGUGAGAUUCACAAUGCCGGCGCCCAGAUGCUAAGAAUAUAAAUACUAGACGUUGAUAUUUUUCCAUUUUCGUUCCUUUAUUUAUUUAUUUAUUCAUUUUAACAAACCAGAUUACAUUACCUGAUAUGGAUUACCUGCAACCAGAAACUGGAGGAAUCAAUCUAGUGUGCCUUGAGGCUCAGCACUGACAUAAGACAAACGUCAAAGCUCCAAAUGUCUGCUGUUAAACUAGAAGCUGUCACAUUGUAUUUGAAAUGGCCUCAUAUAUUGUCACAAGCUUAGACUGUACAGCUCUGGUAUCUGGUAGUGGUGAGAUGGCAGGACUUAGCUUUGAUCCAGACCACAGCUAAAACCUGCACUCCUUACCACAGAAAUAGUCUGGUCAGCAUCCGUCAUGUAAUCUUUCUGGCUAUUGCGCGCUCUCUCUCUCUCUCUCUCAAGGAUACUUAUUUCUCCUUCUGAAAGCCAGAGUUUGUCUCUUUGGAACAGCACCCUUUCCUUCUGAUGCUUUGGUGAAUACAUAGGUGCAAGUUUAGGGGGGGGACACUUUUUGUCAGGGGUCGUUUUGUCUCCACUACACACAGAUCCUUCACAUGUAAGCCAUUGUUAGUUGGUUACAUGAAAUAAGUCUACACAUUUUAUAGUAACAAAAGUAAAAUCAAUUAUAGUCAUUAUCCCAAAGUCACUUUUGCGAGUAGCUGUUCCCUCACUUUUCAAAACAAACUGACGCCCUUGAGUGAACGUGUCAUAUUCCUGUGCAUCUCUUCAUAAAAGAAACUCUCGUGAUAUUACAGAGUAUAAUUUUUUUUCCCUCCAUUAGUCAGCCAACAUAUAAAUAUGCAAUCACCAGAGCGCAGCGGCUCUCCUCCGGGAAACAUGAGUGUCAGUCAACAGUCAUCCGUAAUCAGUGUUUGAUCCCUGUGAUAGACCUGAUGACUCCGUUUGUAAACAGCCAUCUGAGUGUCAUGAGCAGUCAGCACAACCACCGAGCUCCAGGCUGCAGAAGCCCUUUCGCUUUUUUUCUUUCUUUUUUUUUUGAACGUUAAUGUGAUCAGACAUAGUAUCUGAUGAUGUGAUGUUUUUCAUUUGUCAGUCAGAAAAUCAAAACACACUUCAUCUACAGCCUGUUUUUUCUACUUAAUUACAUUUUCAUUUUAGUAUAGCAGCACAAUACAAUCUCACACACUUUGAUGAAAGUCUUCUACCUCUUAUAAGGUUGUUUCAUAUAUAAUGGAAGCUCCUGGUGCCGCUGUUAUUGUGAGGUACAUUUUUAAUGACAUUUUCUCUUCACUUGAAUGAAAAAGCAGUUCCUUGGCAUCAAUUUGACGAGUUUUUGCAAGUUUUUUCCAACUUUCCGGCCCACAACAUCACUUCAUCACCGAGGUGACACUGACUCGUCUUCUUAACGUUCUGCUCCAACAAGCUAAUAGACUGAAACUCAUUUCUGGAAGAAUGAUUUAAAACAGGAUCCACAAGCAAGUCCUUGAAUGUUUAAUCUACAGAGAUGUUACAGAGAGCUGCUUCAUCUCCCUGAUUGAGACUGCGACAGCAGACGUAUAAAUCAACUAUGUCUUAAGGUGAAAGCAGGAUAAGCUUUUUAUAAUGGCUUCUGUCUAACUCCACCAGGGAGCGGAUGAAGCUGCCCUACAUGGCUGACCAGUGCGAGCAGAUGCUGAAGAUCUCCAACGAGUUUGUGCGGCUGCAGGUUUCCCACGACGAGUAUUUGUGCAUGAAGGUCCUGCUGCUGCUCAGCACAGGUACGUCCUCCACCAUCACAUUUCAUAUGUAGCACUGUUUGUAUAAUGAAACCACUACAGACGCCAUUACUCCAAUCUAUAAACAAUAAAAGAUAAUGUUGGUUUACGCACAGGUCAAGACAGUGCAGCGCAGCACUUUACAAAAUCAUUAGCUGACAUUGAACGAUCAUGAAUAAGACCUGAAUUCAAAUAAGCCUGAGCAGCCGCACCCUAACCUUACACAUUUCACCAUUCCAGCUCUUACUGUCUUCACAAAACACCUUAUGUCGUUUCCUAAGCUUAAUCUAUUGCUGGCGAGUUAAAGGUGUAAACAAAGAGUCAGUAAUCAUACUCUGAUUAAAAACGUGUCUGGAACUUUAAUUAGAGACGGUUUCAUUACAGCGUUCUGUCUGAACAGCCCUCUUCAGGAUGUUCAGGCUUUGUUCUUGAGGCUUUGUUUCCUGGGUCUGUGCUGUUUAAUGUUAAUUAGAUGUCCUGAUGCUUAUCAAUCAGCUGCCAUUUUUAGCCCUUCACAUGUAAGGCUUUAAUAAACAUGGAGACCCCACCCCUUUUUGCACAUAAAAAAAUCAGCCAAGGCAACAAAUGUUUUUUUCAUGUAAAUACCACGGUGAAGUUAGUUUUAGGUUGGAUAUUUGACGGACAUUCUCUGUGGAUCUACCAGUGUCUUUUCACUCUCCAUAACCAGGAACGGCAACAGCAGCACGGUUAAAUCUACUCGGCAUCCUCACUGUUAAUGUCGGGUGUUGAAUAAGGGACCAUCAAUAAAUUACUGGUUGAUGUUCUUAGAAAAGGCUGUUUUCCUUCAAUAGCUUCCAUGUCACGUGACCAAUUGACCUAAAAUUGUUUUCAAAUAAUACUAGGCUACUAUGGUCAGACAAAAGAUACUCCUCUUUAUUUCCAUAAUGUGUCCUUAAAACGUUUGUGUUAAAUUUAAAGGCAAAUUUUGAACCUUUCCUUCAAUAGCUUCCAUGUCACGUGACCAAAAGACCAAUAAAACACACAUUAUUUGAUCAAUUUGUAUUGUGCCCCUAAAGUUCUCUGUGUGCUUCUUACUUUUUCAACUUAGGAGCACAUGAGCUCCUUGUGAAAAAAGUUAGUUUCAAGCCCUGUAGUAUGAAGUAUAGUGUCGUUAAACUGUCAUCAUCAGAGCUUAGCUGUAUCCUCAUCUUUUGCCCAAAUGUUGACCUUCUAUCUGCCUCUCCUACAGUGCCAAAGGAUGGCCUGAAGAGCCAGGCAGUGUUUGAUGAUAUUCGGAUGUCGUACAUUAAGGAGCUGGGAAAAGCCAUUGUGAAGCGCGAGGAGAACUCCAGUCAGAACUGGCAGCGUUUCUAUCAGCUCACCAAGCUGCUGGACUCCAUGCACGAGGUAACUCCCACGGCAUCAGCACCACACAUCAUUAUCAGACAGUUAUUGACCAUCCUCAGCUCAGCAAGGACAUCACUUCUGCAACUUCUCAGUUUUAUGAAGCUUUGAGGGUUUUCUUUUUUCUUUUGGUGCCAAAAACUAUUUAAAGUUUAGAGCUUUAGAGCCAGAAAUCACAGUGACACCUGGUGGACUCUCAAACUUUUAGCUGAUUGAUAUAAAACUAUAUCCCGGGGUUCAAAAAUCUUGUUGCAGAAUUAACCUUGACCUAAAAUGAUGAAGCUGAAGUAAAAAGCAGAAAUAUAAACUAUUUUUUCUGGCACUAAAAAAAGGGGGUUUUAUUUCCAGCUAGUGUGAAUGCUGUCUCGUGUUUAAAGCUUCAUAUUUGACAUAAUUAUGAUCAUUGUAGUCGCAAUAUGAGGUUAUUUGAGUUGGACGCUGGUAUAAGAUGAAAAUGUUAAGGAGUGAAACUGAACGAAGCACUUUCUGGGAAAUUUUAAAGUUAGGACAUCUUCAGCCAUGUGCUUUCAUAAUUGCGCCAUCUCCUGCUUAGUGUAUAGCAACAAUGGGCUUUGCAUUAAUGCAUCAAGCGAACCAGUGCCCACUCAGUUUGACAUUUAAAAUUAAACAUUAGCUUUAACAAACACUCAAAACUCGUAGCUUUCUGAGCAAGUUGAUGUAACGAUAUGAAAAUUUCACAUCACGAUUAUUGUGACCAAAAUUAUCACGUUUAUCAAUAUCAUCACGGUAUUGUUGAAAUAUGUUCAAAAUGUUUAAAAAGUACUUAUAUGAAAUCAUUUAACGUUUUAUUUUGAAAAAACAAUCAGCAUAACACACAGAAUAAACUUUUCCUUAACCUUAAAUAACAGAGGAACGAUAAGCUUAAAAAAUUACAGAUGGGGCCUUAAAAGAGCCAGAGGUAAUCAACACUAGUGCUAGUAAUAACAAAGUACAAAGUAAUGUGCCAGUGGCAUAAACAUUAACAUAAUAACAAAUAAAUAACAUUUAAAUGAAAUGACACCUUAUUGUGCAAAUCGUAAGAAUCUUCAGUGCUCAAAAAGAUCUACUCUUACAAAUAUAAAACAGAGCAACACAACUAUAUGAAACAAAACAACCUCAUGUAAACAAAUGUGUAGUGUACAUGUUUAAAAUGACAUAAAAUAUAUAAAUAAAUCAAAUGAACCACACCGAUUGGCCGUUUUCUCCACCAUAAGGUGCUGUUGCUGACUGUGCUCACUAUUUGAGAUUGAAAUGUAAAAAUGUCAGCACAUUUACUUCCCUAGUUUGAGUCGUGAUCUGCGAGGGCAGUGGUUCUCAAGUCCAGUCCUUGAGGCCCACUGUCCUGCUCCAACACACCUGAUUCAAAUGAUUAGCUCGUUAUCAAGCCAUUACAAAGCUUGAUAACGAGCUGAUCAUUUGAAUCAGGUGUGUUGGAGCAGGGAAACAUCCAAAACAUGAAGGACAGUUGGCCUCGAGGACUGGACUUGAGAACCACUGUGCGAGGGGAAACGAUGUGCCCACUGGCGCUGAAUAGCCUCUUGGAUGGCACGCUGGUUGCUGGGAUGCACAAAAGCUUCCUGGCAACCCUCGCAACCCUUUGUAGAGGCCGAAAUGCACCCAGACUUCAGACUUUGUUUUCUUUGAUGGCAGAAAAAUCUCUGCAACACGGUCAGCAGAAUUGCCCGCAAAACUGCCCUCCGCCAUGUUUCCAAUUUGUAUACUGGACGGUUUUAACGGUAAUUAAAAUUUGAAACGGUAGUACUAACCGUCAGACAUUUUACCACAGUUUAUCAUCUUACUGGUAGUCGUUACAUCCCUAGCUUAUAGUCAACUCUUGUCACUGCGUUUACUGUAAACCAGUUUCACAUUGUUUUUAUGAAGCAUGUCAAAACACCAGUAUUUUUUCCUCUGUGUGUUCAUAGAUGGUUGGUGGACUGCUCAACUUCUGCUUCUACACCUUUGUGAAUAAAUCCCUGAGUGUGGAGUUCCCCGAGAUGUUGGCGGAGAUCAUCAGCAACCAGUUACCAAAAUUCAAGGCCGGGAGCGUCAAACCCCUCCUCUUCCACCAGAGAUGACUGUACCCUGAAACAGACACAUUGCCUUAAAUAAUCCCACCACAUCACCUCACUACCAGCCCCUCUUCCCCUCCCCACCGGCCCCCCACCCCCCUCCCUCCAGGAGUAACGAUGAGAGGACUGAGGAUCUGAGGCGAGGAGUCAGUGAUGCUUAUGGGAGCAAGUAUGCAACUUUGUGUAAAGACUGGUGGCGUUUUUGUGGAGAGCUGAAAGCGAGCACAGAGGUUUUGUCGAGCGGUCUAAGACGUAGUGUGUAAGGAAUAGGAAAUGUUUGUAAGAUAAGAGAUAAUCACAGAAAGAAAUAGGCUAACAUCCAUGUCGUCUCAGGUUUCCUACCUUCAAACAGAACAAUAUCUCAAAUAGAUACACAAAUAUCUAUGUAUAGGUUCUGAUAGUAUUUUCUACAUUUUCAAAUCGUAACAGUUUAUACAAUUUUACAGAUCGUCGUUACCAGGGAAGGUAGCAACAUUUAAUUAAAAACACGCUCUUAUGUAGGCUUUUUGACUGUAUGUUCCUCUUUGAGUUUUUAUAGGCAGUUAUAACAAAACCUUGUAGUCACACGGAAAAUUAACUCUUUUCCACUCAUUUAAUAAGCAUAUGCCAUUGCUUUGAUUGAUGCAGUGAUCAUAGGAAACAAAUCUGUUGAACUGAACUCUUAGUCAAAGUGUAUCAUUCAGAGGAUUAUUUGUCCCACAAGCCGACCUCUUCCAGGUUUACACACGUCAAUUAUAAAGGGAAAAAAAUGUGCCUUUUUUACUUCAAAUAUCAUCUAAGUCAUUUCUUCCUACGUGUCCGAGACGUCACGGUCGACCUGCAUCACAUGUUGAUUGUACUUAUGUUACAUGCAGUUCAGAGUUUUCCUUUAUUUUCUAAUUAAUGGCUGUGUUUGACUUUAGAAGUGGCAGCUCGGUCCAUCCUCUGUGUGUAGAAACGAUUCUUAUCAAAGCCUGCUUCCUUUCACAUGAUUUCCCCGCACACCCUUCUCCUCCAGUGCGAUGUGAGCACUUUGUAUCCCGCUUAAGGCUUUAAGAGACUGUGAAGAAAGACUGUUAAACUGUACUGGGCUGUAAUGUAUGACUUUAGAUGGAAGGUAGUGAACUUUUUCUAGUAGCCCACUCUGAUGUUCAUUUUAGCCCCCCACUCCUGCCCCAAUAGUCUAAUAAUGGAAUGUGAUAGAUAACCUGCGUCUACCAAUCAUAGAAGAGAGGGCAUGUCGUAUUGUGUUUAAAGAUUAUGUCAUUUUUUUUGAUUAAUCAGGACAACUAAUUUUUGUGUUUCUAACUCGGCUCAGACUGGUUGGAAAAUAACCGUCCUUUUUUUAAAUACUUUUUACAACCUGUUUUAUAAAACUGACAUACAUGUAGUCAUGACUCUGCCAUUGAUGAUCCUUCUGAGACAGUAUAACCACACACUCAUUCACUCGUGAUUUAUAACCAAGAGUCUUUGCAUUGUUUGCUUGUUACUGGAAUAUUUGAACAUUUUGGGGAAAAGCUCAUUUUCUUUUUGCCAAUCAUUGGAUACGGAUGUUAGAAAUUUGACUUAGAACAAAAACAAAGAGUAAAAGCAAUUAAAUUUAUGUUUGGCGCUAUGUGCCCCAGUCUGCUGGUCCUGGUCUGUAGACAGUUGGGCACAUAACCUCUCUGUAAAUACUUUUAAAUCACUCAUAAACUCAUAAAACUGACCAAAACUAAUGGUAUUGAUUGGCUGUGAAGGUGCUACUGACCCGAGAUUUUCACUGAUCCAAGUUGGAUUCUUGCACCUGCCUGUUUUUUGUUCUUCUGAGCAGAGCUGACUUACUGUAGGACAGUAGAAGAGCGGUCGUAGAAAGUAAAUCUGCAUAUUUCCUCAAAUGAAAAACUAUUCCAUCAAGUUAAACCACCUGGAAGUUAAACAGUUUUCUUAUGCAGCAGUGUGGAUAGUGUGAAUAACUCAAUCACCUAGGAACAUCCCACAGAGCUCUGUUUUAUCCUUUCAGCUCUUUCAAAGCCAUGUAUGCACCUUGUCUUAUUGUCUAUCUGUAGAACAUUUACACACCUAUUUGUAUUAGUCCAGCCCCAAUGUUGAAAAGCACUUAGCUAGCAGCAGUCACCUCACGCCGUCGUGUAGCAGUGGAAGUGUCGUGUCACUGACUCAGGAGGUGGGCACAGUAGCUCCUUUUAUCGUCUGGGAACUAUUUCAGUGCCGAACUCCUGUUCUUUGUUGGUGUCAGUGAUGAGAUAAGUCGGUCAGACAAACCCCACGUUUGCAGUUUUUUCCACGAUUAGAAAACGUCUUCAAUGACCUGAGCUUGAGGUCAUUAGAAAUGAAUGAUAGCUGUAACACAAGGCACUUACAAAAACAGAAAAUUGUAGGUCUGAAGGUUUCCCCCUCUCUGUAGAAGAAGACUGAAACAUUUUAAUCAGUCAUCAGCUUGUGUCACAACACCAACAAUUUCGCGUGUGUGUGUUUCAAGCGGAUGGUUUUGACACAAAUGUGAACCUUAUGAAGAGAGCUCGUUUAGCUGAAAAGAAACGCUUCUGACAGAUUAACGAUGUUGAUGCCCUCUCAGGUUAAAAUAAUUGGAUGAUUAUGUCAAGUGAGCACCAACAAAGAGUUUGAUGGUGCGUAUAAAAAGAAAAAAAAAAAAUGGAAAAUUGUUCAACAACACAUCAAGCGCUUGUUCUAGAUGUUAAGCCUCUCCCUUGCUCAGGUUAUUGAAAUCUGGUUUACGCAUCAUGUCUGUUUUUAUGUCCUUACUUAAAGAACCAAAAGUUUGAAUUAACGAAAUCUGUCUGUCUUGAUGUUUUUGUUUGUUUGUUUGUCAGGCAAAAUGUUCAGGAGACAGAUGUAGGAGAGGAAUGUGCUGCCAUGUCGUCAUACACACUCAGACUAACAAAACCUGUCGCUUUUCCUGUUAUGUUUAGUCAAAGUAGUUUUUAAAAAGAAACUAUCUUCGUUAGCUGCAAAGGGGUUACUCAUGGGUUACUUUCACAUUCAGUACAUCUAAAUCUCUGCUGCUGCUGUUCAUUCAAACAGCUUAAAUAUAUAUAUAAGAAAUCGCACACUUGCCUCUUCUUGCUCAAAAAUGUAUUUCUUUGUUCAUUUUUGAGGAGGACACCUGAAUAUGCAAUAGAAACAACAGAUAAUCUAUCACUAUCGCAUUACAAAAUGUGGUUGCCUCAUGUUUUAUUUCCAGGAUAAGCUAUUUGCAUACAGGAGAUUCACUUUUAACUUUCUCUCUGCAGGACAGAUUUUCAGGAGACACCUUUACACAGUUAUCAGUCCACCAUGACUGAUCGUACACACAGACAAAAGCAAGCCUAUUUGAUGUUUGACUACAAGGUGACCAAAGCAAGCACAGACAAAUUCAACUCGUCCGUGUAAACUACAGUAGAAGACAAAUGUACAGCUGUCUGAUUUUUGUUAUUUUAAACCUAUUUUUUACUCUAGCAUAAUGGCUUUGGUCAAAUUGUGUAAUACUGUGAAUAGGAUAGGAUUCAGUCUUUUUCACUCACACAAAAAAAAAAAAAACUGUUUGUGAAAGUAAUCGACCAGCUUGAAUCUAAAAGGAUUUGCACUACCCAAAUAUUGUUUGAAAAUCUAUUUUGUAUAAAACAUAUGCAGACAUUUUGAGAAUUAUCAAGGGCAGAUCAUGUUUCACUGGUAUAUGCUUUCAAUAAAAUAAAAAAAAAUGUUUUGCUUAAAAAAAUGAAUAUGUACAUAUAAUCCAUUGUAAAGAAAAUGUGGUGUAUUUGUCUCCAAAUAACAGUUUUUUUAUACCUUCCCGCUGUAUUAUUUCUCCUCUGUAGUGUGGCUCCAGUUGAUCUUUUCCUCCAUUGAUUAAAGGUCCAACUGUGUCUGUGUGUGGUACUCCUCCAAACAAUGAACUGUAUGCUGAUGUUUGCCAUGAUAUUAACUUGAUGAUUCUGAACAGUGGAAACGGUAGGCUCAUUGUAAGACACUUCUCAUGAUCACACCAAGCACUUGUUCAUCAAAUAAAAGCGCUUUUCCAUUCUGACA